GCGACUUAACAUGGCGCGUGUGUUCGCUGUCUCGAGCAGGGCCGAAAACAACAACAACAGCAAGAGCAACAUCAUCAGCCCCGGGAUAAAUGGCGUUUAACCUACACCGCGCACAGACACAGCUCCUUAUGUGCCCAUUUACUGCACACUAGUGAAUCUAGAUAUCUUCAACCCAAAGCCCUUUUGGGCCUUUUUUUCAAUCUCAUUCGGAGAGAAGUAGAGUGGCAUGGAUGACUCUAAGAGCCCCGUGAAGGUGGUCAAACCUUCCCGCUCGAAUAGGGGCAACAAUUCGUCCUCCAAACCCCAGAGGGAGAACCCUAAGGCCCCAAGUCGAAGCAAGGACGGCGUCCCCCGGGUGAAAGAAGACCUGCAGGGCAGCCGUAGCAGCGGCCGGACCCGCACUGGCAGCCCUCAGGAGCCGGAGAAAGCUAAAGCUCGCAGGUUGACUGGCAGGACCAACUCUGGGGAGAGGGGGAAAGGAAAGACCCAAGCCCAGCUGAGUGAAGCCCGUCAGCAAGCCCAGGAGAGCAAAAUUCCAGGCAGAGGCAGUGGGCCGGGAAAGGACGCAGGAUCAACAUCGUUGCCCAGCACACACGAGGAGAGGGAGUCCUCAAUGGAGAACAGCACCAUCACAGAUAAAGACAAGACACCUGGUGUGGAUGCAGGUAGACAAAGAGGCAAGCCUGCAGCUGAGGUCACAGAGGUCAUGGAGUUGGGAAACUUGACCUCUGACCAGCAGUUAGGCCUCAAACAGGCUGAGGAGAGACUGCAGAGAGAUUACAUACACCGGCUGCUUAAGCAAUCUCCUGAGUACCCAAAUUUUCAGUAUCUAUGCAAACUGUGUUCAGUCCAUGUGGAGAACAUCCAGGGUGCUCACAAGCACAUUAAAGAAAAACGCCACAAGAAGAACAUCAUGGAAAAGCAGGAAGAGAACGAGUUGCGAGCGCUGCCGCCUCCCUCUCUUGCCCAGUUGAGGGCGCUAGACUGCGCUGUGCUGGAGGCUGCAAAGGUGCACGGUAUUUCAGACGAAGAUUUUCAGCUGAGGCAGGCCGUGGUGUCCCGAAUGGAGGACAUCAUACGUAAACAACUCUCAGCGUGCUCUCUGCGUCUCUACGGAUCCUGCUUCACCCGCUUCGCUUUCAAAACGAGUGACAUCAACAUCGAUGUGUCUUAUCCUUCAACUAUGACUCAGCCUGAUGUGUUGAUCCAGGUGCUGGAGAUCUUAAAAAACAGCGUGGAGUUCGUCGAGGUGGAGUCUGACUUUCAUGCCAAAGUUCCUGUUGUCUUCUGCAGAGAUGUGGCAAGUGGGUUGAUGUGUAAAGUGAGCGCAGGAAAUGAUGUUGCGUGCCUCACCACUAAUCACCUCGCAGCUUUGGCCAGACUGGAGCCGAGACUGGUGCCUCUGGUGCUCGCCUUCCGUUACUGGGCCAAUCUGUGCCAUAUUGACUGUCAGGCGGAGGGAGGAAUCCCGUCCUAUUCUCUCUCUCUGAUGGUCAUCUUCUUCCUGCAACAGAGGGAGAAACCCGUCCUGCCUGUUUAUCUAGGAUCCUGGAUCAAGGGCUUCGAGGUGACACGUGUGGAUGAGUAUCAUCUAACGGGAAUGGAGUCAAGUCUGUUUGUGGGGUGGGAGCACAGACCUGCUCCUCCAGGUGAGGGCCGAGGAGAGGGCAAAGCCAAACCUGAACCCAAAAAUCCCACUGAGAAGAGAGAAAAGAAGGGCCAGCACAUGACGGGCAAGGCUCGUUUGACUUUGGAAGUGACGGAGAGUGCGUCUCUAGGUCAGCUGUGGUUAGAGCUCUUGCGAUUUUACACGCUGGAGUUUGCCCUUGAAGAACACAUCAUCAGCAUCCGCCUGAGAGAACUGCUGCCGCGAGAACUCAAGCACUGGCCGCGCCGCAGACUCGCCAUCGAGGACCCGUUUGCGCUGAAGAGGAACGUGGCUCGCAGUCUGAACAGUCAGAUGGUGUUUGAGUACAUACAGGAGCGUUUCCGUAUGGCGUACAAGUACUUCGCCCGUCCUCAGAGCAGGAACGCAGCGAUCGGCAGCCGCAGAAUACAGAGGAAGAAACCCAGACACCACGGCAGAGCUCAACCGCACGCUCGUGACGACACAGCCAAAUCUGACAGUCUGAAGCGUAAGAAUACGGAGAAGAAUGGCGAGGAGGACGACGAUGGAGACAGCAGUGAUAAUGAGGAAGAUGAAGAGGAGAAACUGAUAAGAAAAGGUUUCACAGAACUUCUUGUGAAAGAAAUGCAGGAUGAGGUCUCGUCUUCCGCCGGGUCCCCCUCCACACUGAACGGCCUGCUGAUGGACAGUGACGAAGAGGAGGAUAAUGAAGAACACGAGACGGAGCAGGACACUAUCGCUCCAGAGGACAUGCACUAUAUCUUUGACAGGAUGAUCUUUACUGGAGGAAAGCCUCCAACAGUAGUGUGCAGUAUCUGCAAGAGAGAUGGUCACCUUAAAGAUGAGUGUCCUGAAGACUUUAAGAAGAUCGAGCUGAUACCUUUGCCGCCCAUGACUGAACUCUUCAGAGAUAUCCUGGAUGGCCUCUGCUUGCUCUGUUACCGUGAGCUGUCGCCGUCUCUUGGAGAGCAACAGAAGAGGGAACAGAUUUUGGCCGGUCUGGAGCGCUUCAUUAGAAAAGAGUACAAUGAUAAGGCUCAACUCUGUCUGUUUGGGUCUUCUAAGAAUGGCUUUGGGUUUCGUGACAGUGACCUGGACAUCUGUAUGACACUGGAAGGUCAUGACACAGCAGAGAAGCUGAACUGUAAGGAGAUCAUAGAGGGUUUAGCCAAGAUGCUGAAGAAACACACAGGUCUGAGGAAUAUCUUGCCUAUCACAACUGCUAAAGUGCCUAUAGUGAAGUUUGAACACAGGCAGAGCGGACUAGAGGGAGACAUCAGUCUCUACAACACACUGGCCCAACAUAACACCCGGAUGCUGGCUACAUAUGCUGCUAUAGACCCUCGUGUGCAGUAUCUGGGCUACACUAUGAAAGUAUUUGCAAAGCGCUGUGACAUAGGCGACGCCUCUAGAGGAAGUCUCUCCUCCUAUGCUUAUAUCCUCAUGGUGCUGUAUUUCCUGCAGCAGAGACAACCACCUGUCAUCCCAGUUUUACAGGAGAUUUUUGAUGGCAACACUGUUCCUCAGAGGAUGGUGGACGGCUGGAAUGCUUUCUUCUUCGAUGAUCUUGAUGAGCUGCAGCGGCGUCUUCCGGAGCUCCAUCAGAAUAAGGAGAGCGUUGGAGAACUGUGGCUUGGCCUGCUGCGUUUUUACACCGAAGAGUUUGAUUUUAAAGAGCAUGUCAUCUCCAUCCGACAACGCAAGCGCCUCACCACCUUUGAGAAGCAGUGGACCUCCAAAUGCAUCGCAAUUGAAGGUUGGAACUGCAGACCUAACCGGAUGCCACUCAAUCCCUUUGACUUGAACCACAACCUCGGUGCUGGAGUCUCUCGUAAAAUGACUAACUUUAUCAUGAAGGCCUUUAUCAAUGGCAGGAAGCUGUUCGGCACCCCGUUCUACCCUCAGCCUGGAACAGAGGCGGAUUAUUUCUUUGACUCAAAGGUGUUGACAGAUGGUGAGUUGGCUCCAAAUGACCGCUGCUGUCGGAUCUGUGGGAAGAUCGGUCACUAUAUGAAGGAUUGCCCAAAGAGGCGCAGAAUCAAGAAAAAGGAGAAUGAGAGAGAGGAAGAGGUGAGAGAGGAGGAGAGAGAGCCGAGAGAGAGACGCUGUUUUCAGUGUGGUGAUAUGGGUCACGUGAGGAGAGACUGUCCUGAUUACAAACACCUGCGGCAGAGAGGAGCGCCGGGACCAGUUCCUCACAUGGUCCGAGGGAUGGCAAGCUCUCAGUCUAUCCCCAUACCUCAGGGCGCUUCAGUCCAGGAUCGGGUCGGCCGGAACAGACAGACCUCUGAAUGUUCUGAUACUCGUCAAACUCCUCCUUACUCCCCUCAGCCAUCACCAUACACCCAGGCUUCCGUUUCUCCGCCGAACAACAAGCCUUCCUCAUCCUCCUCUACCUCUGCUGGCCUCCCCAAACCUUCCAAACCACAACAACAGCACGUUCCACAGGUCCAACUUCCCAUCUUCAACUUCCCACACUCACACCCGGGCCAGUACCAUCAUGCUGGGCUCUCUGCGCUAGGACGCCUGCCCUCCCAUGGCCAGCAGCCCGCCCUGACAGCGGGCUCCUGGCCUGUCCACGGCCCCAUCAUCCAGGGCUCUGGGGCGUCCACUGGCUCCGUCCACCCCGUCCAGCACGCCUCGACGCCUGGCCUGAAGUUUGCAGUUCGCGGUGGGGGCGGGAACGGUGGCGGGCAGGCGGUCAGCCCCGCCCCUGUGAAUCUCAAUGACCCCAGCAUAAUUUUCGCCCAGCCGUCAGCAGGGCGGGUGCCUGGGGGUGUAGGGGUCCCGGGCAGAGAGAGGGGGCAUCACUGGCACAAUCACCAUCUCAAUCCAGGUGCACUCAUGGGAAAUGGCACAGUAAACAAGACAGAUCCUAAUUUCGUGUCUCAGCUUGGGGGUGUGAAUCAGGGCUCUCGGUCUUGGGAACACAGCAAUGCUGCCCAGUAUUCAUUGUCUCCAUCCUACAUGCCCUACCGUAUGCCACCUUACCUGCAGCAGCCCAACAAACCCUACAUAUCACAAGGUUCUGUGGUGGCAAAUCAACAUUACCCACUCAUUCAACGUGGUCGGCACGUCAAUCUCAACUACAUUCAACAGAAGAAAUGAAGUGACACUUUACUUUUUAAACCAAUGCCCAACAUCCUUAUAGAAAAGACUAACUUUACAUCAUUUGGUCGAGACUUUUUAAAAUGAAUUUUAUCAUUUUUGUAAAUUUUUAAUGUUUUAUUUUCCUUUUAUUUCUGUGUGUAUCAUCACAUUGAUUUGUGAUACAAAAUGUCAAAUAUUUUAAUACCCCUAUUUUUGGAGGGGUCCAAAAAAGUGUUUUUAUUUUAUCUGUAAAAUAAGGAUUUAAAAUGUAUUCACUUUAUUUUUAUUAGCUGUAUUCCUAUUUUGCUUGCAUAAGAACAAAGGCUUUAGAUAGGGAAAUCAAACUUAACACCAAGUGAGACAAUUAUGUAGUGCCAAAAUCUUCCCUAUAGCAAACCAAGAAAACCAAAAAAAAAAAAAAAAAAAAAAAAAAGAGCAGAAAAAAAAAAAGACCAAAAAAAUAAAGAAAAAGCAAACCAACAUGCUCAUGUUUUGCCUUUUAUUUUGCGGAGUGCUUUUUCUACCAGCAAAGUUGUGUUUUAUGGCGUUAGAACAGGUAUGGUCAAAAUUAAGGAUGUGCAUGGAGUCGGGACGCAAGAAUAAUGAACGUUUAUUGUAAUGGAAUUUCCUCAAACACUAAAACAGCAGCAAAUAAACUGCACAGUGAGCUGUGAGCCUAAAUAGCACAAUACAUACAUCUUCAAAUGAUAAAAUCACUCACAUUAAAGUCAAAUAAAAAUAAUCAAACUGUCACUGCCUGUGUGCGCUCUGCCCGGGAAGCUUCACAUUUUCGUGAGGCAGCGAAGCCUUUUCGGGUGUUUUGAUUUUGAAAUGGUUUCAGAUCAAGUGGCAUUGAACUUGUCUAAUUAUUGGACGUAAAUAUGCACACCAGAGCAAAAGGGGAAAAACGCUGUCUCGCCAUAUAUCAAGCGCUGAAACUUUUGCUUUGUAAAAAACAACCUGGAAUCAUGUUUAACAGUCACAUGAAGUCCUCUUUGUAACCUGAACUUCUUCAGAAUGCAGCACAACAAGUGAAAAACAACGCAGGUGUUUUCGAGAUGCAUUUAUAAAAAUGAAAGGUUUUUAACUUUAGUCGGUGUCUAAAAAUGUGGCGAUCCUGCGCGAGAUGUUGCAAGCAUGUUUGAACAGCCCCUAAUUCGCCCUAUACUUGAAAAACAAACUGUCCAAAACUAGUCAGGUUUGUCGGAACUAGCUGAGUUUGAGUCAGGUUGAAGACCUCUAUUUCACGUGUAGAAUAACCGAAUAGUGGUGCAUGGAACGGUUAACCGAACGUCAACUAUCCGUCAAAAUGUGACAUUCUUGCAAUACACACUCUAAAGCUGGUGUGGACUCCACAAGUUUAUAGCACAGAAUAUUAAAUAUUUCUUUUUUGUAUGUUAUUUUGUUAUGUUUCUGUUUUCAGUUUACCUAUAUAUAUAUAUAUAUAAUUAGUAUGCUACAAAAUGUGAAAUAUUGCAAGAGGUUGCAGCAUUUUUAAUUCCAUACUUUACCUUUCACCUAGCUUUCCUGUGGUUUUCACCUUUCCACAACUUGCGUAACAUCAUGAAUGAAGAAAAGAUUAGAAAGUUGAAUAUGUUUUAAUUGGCUGGGCUGUGGUUUAGCUUUAUGGAGAUUCAAUGUCACAGUAUUAGAGAGCUAUGAGAUAGUUUAGUAAAUUAAUUAUUGACUAACACUACUUGUCUUCUGUAGCAUGUUAAUUCCCCUUUGCAGAGCGUGAACUUGGUGAACUCUGAUCCAUUCAUUCGCACUAGUGUUUGUUUGAGGAGUGUAUUGUUGCCACCAGUGUUUUUUUUAUUUUAAGCUUGUCUUGAAUGUGUGGAUCCAUUUAGCAUUAACAGCGAUGACAGAUCAAGUGUGACUACACAAGUAACAUGAAAGGACAUGUCAAACUCUUUAUCUCUCUUACGGGCUCCUCCCACUUGUGCUAUGGCUUAAUAAAGCACACCGGCCAUGUGUGGUCCUCUGUUUUAUUUUGCAUUUAAUCUGUCACCAUGUGAACUACUCGGUUGAACUUAGACCUGAAUUAUUUGGGCCUAACUUUGUUUCUUGGCUUGAUCUUUCUGGUUCUGUAUGAAUCAUUUAGAGUUAAUUUCUCUAGAGCCAAAACUCCACCUGGUCCCACACCUUUGCCUUUUGUGGGAACCCUGCCAUUCUUUCUGCAUGACAGUGCCCAUGUGCACAAAGAGAAGUCCAUAAAGAAAUAGUUUACUCAAUCUGAUGUGGAAGAACUUGACUGGCCUGCAGACCUGAAUCCCAUGGAAUACUUUUGAGAUGAAUUGGAACACAGAUUGUAAGCCUGAACCCAUCACUCAACAUCAGAGUCAGACCUCUUGUGUCUGAAUGGGAGCAAAUCCCCAAAGCCAUGUUCCAGCAGGUAAUGUAAAGCUGAACCAUAAGAGAGGAAGCUGUUACAGCAGCAAACGGACGACCAGGUGAGACCAUGUAUCGCUCACUUCAGUUUGUGCUGAAGUGCUUUAAAUUCUUUUCUCUGACCAGAUGCAUUAGUAUUGAGAGAUGUCCUCAGUGUAUCUCUCAAGAAAGCCAACAAUAGUCUUGAAUACAAUCCAUAUCACCACGGAUGCCCUGGUCCAUAUUGCUUCAUUGUUCCCUGGAAGGCCAUCUAUACCAUUUCUAGACUGGAUUACUGGUGGAUUUGGUAAGUCACACUGUGUUCUGAAAACAUUUAUGGAAUACGUGUAGGGUAGGGCGCUAUAUUUAGCUAAAAUCAAAAAUGAGCUUCAGAUAGUAGCUUAUUUUAAUUGGCUAUAAGCUGGUUGAAGUUAGUCUAGAUAGUUGAUCAGGUGGACUACCAGCCAGCAAAGUUGGAGUCUUGUGAUCUUUGGCUUGAGAUCACAUAAACAAGGCUUUUGUAUGGCACCUCGAGUGGUCUAGUGCUGAUCUGGAUCUGAGCCUCGUGGAGUCUAGUCUCAUUCCGGGUCAUAGGAGGUCUUGCAAUGAUCAGAGCCUUGGAGGGUGUACUGUUGAUUUUGCCAUGAGGUGGGGCUGAAGUUGGCCUAGUAGACCGUUUUGGUCAAACUGGUUAGGGCUGAUAGACAACCUUAGCUAAGCUGUUUAGGACCCAUGGUCUAACCAUGUUCCAGAACCAGCCUUUGUUGGAAUGACCUGCUUUUUCCUGAAGGUAUGUUCUGUCUCUCUGUUCAGGUAUAGUAAUGGCCACAUUUGGUCAGUCCUGGAGGCAAAUGAGUAGGUUUUCUCUCCACACGCUGAGGAAUUUUGGCCUGGGGAAGAAGUCGGUGGAAGAAGACGUGUCAGAGGAAGGACGUUACACGGUGGUUGCUGAAAUGUUCAAAGCAAAAGGUUUCAAAGGACAUCAGUGUCUGCUGGAAUACAGUCUGAAAUGUUUAGAUGUACUGUAGUUUCUAAAUCAGUUUGCACCUCAUUCUGUUGAGUCUUUGGCCAACUGCAUACCGGGUCUGAGUAACACUCUAACAGAGUGUGUUUGAAAUUCUGGGACUAUAGUUCUGAGUUGCCCAUUUUUUUGGAUGGUUCUAAUGCUCGUGUCAUGGAACUAUAUGGCCAUUAUACGCCCAACAAAAAAAAAAAGAAAUCAUUAUGCGUGGACAAGUUGACAAACACUUGAAAAUCAACGUUUUAAUGUGAUGCAGGUCUUACCUGACAUAUAUUGAAUGUUUUAUCAAAUAACCUUCACCAUAUUUUGAUUUUUAUUUUUUUAUAAAUGCAUUUAAGUACAUUUGUGAUUAGACAUUUGCCUAUUUUCAAUUAUAAGAUAUACUGUGACAAUUAAAAUGCACAAUAUUGUUAUCAUGCGCACUUCAAAAUACAGUGAAAGUUUCUAGAUCAAUAUCAACCAAAUUGUUUCGAUUUUUCUGAAUGCACUGUAGCAUUUCCAUUCAUAAAUCAACAUUCCCAACACUCUGACUCUUACAGUAAUAGGAAGACAUACCAAAUUACUAGGAAACUCAAAAAUUCAUGUUUCUUUUUCAAUUAAACUUUCCCCUCAAAAUGUAACCAUUGUUGUCAUCUGUUCAUUUGCAAUGAAAAUAGACCAUAAUAAAUUAGAUAACUGCAAAAUAGCAGCAUUGGACUCUUAUAUGGUUCGAUCUUUGCAAAGUAACUUUCUUUGUGGUCCUUUAAUUUAAAAAGUACAAAACAAGUAACUAACUCUUGUAAUUAAGAACAACAUAGUUUAUUUAUCUUUCAACCCAUUUUGUAAUUCAAUACAAUACCGUGAUAAUACCGUAUACUAUGAGAAAUGCUUCAGCAAUUAUGAUAUGAACAUUUGAUAAUGUCACACCUAUUUGUAACAGUUUUAAUUAUAAAAACAUACAAGUUCUUGUGUCUAAAAAGAGUCAACUAUAAUUUUACAGCAGCACAGUUAGUCAAUUUUUUUUUUUUAUUUUU